GAUCAACAUCCGGUGUUCAAACCAGGAAGUAAAUGUUGAUCGAUUGUUUUUGCCUAAAGUUAAAUCCUCUAGAAACAUUUGUCUCUGUUUGGGACAAACGAGAAAAGGAAUAAAUUAACGUUAUGGUUUGCGAAAAGUGCGAAAAGAAACUUGGACGGGUUAUCACACCAGAUACGUGGAAAGAUGGAGCCAGAAACACAACAGAGAGUGGUGGAAGGAAACUGAAUGAAAACAAAGCACUGACUUCCAAAAAGGCCAGGUUUGAUCCCUACGGAAAGGUUGGCUUUGCCACCUGCAGAAUAUGCAAGAGUUCGGUCCAUCAGUCAGGUUCUCACUACUGCCAGGGUUGUGCUUACAAGAAAGGAAUAUGUGCCAUGUGUGGGAAGAAGGUGCUCGACACCAAAAACUACAGGCAGACUUCUGUGUGACCUGAUCAGACCUGUCUAGCUGGAGGCUCUCUCAGGAUAGGGGGGAGGCCAUGUUGGUGGUGAUGUCAGUUUUAAAUUCAAACUCCUCUACAUAGUUGGAGUUGUUAAACUCACCAGCAUGAGCUCCUGUGCGUCAAAUGUGUGUAUUACUCCUUGGACCUACUGGCUACAAAGUAUCAGUGUCUGAAUAUUCUGAAGAUGUUUCCUCACUAGACGAAGCAAUACUUAGGCUCACACUGUUUUGACAAAUACAGAUGUCCCCUGUCAGUACCAUUAGAAGUGCUUUGUAAAUAUAUACGUAGCUUGAUCACUUCUUUGCUUGUUGACAUUUUAUUUUUUUAUUUUCUGUAUUUCAAACAUUUAUUAUACACAAAGUAUUGACAUUCAGUGCAGUUUACUAUUCGGUGCUGUUGUAAAAGCACACUCAUCAACAUUUGUCUCUCUCACACAGAGAAAUAGACAUUGGUAGCACUCACAUCUGACUUUUCCAUCUCCCAGUAUCAUUGUUCAGAGACCACUACAGAGGCUUGGUGCUGAUUCCAAGUAAAGGUCUAGGUGUUGACAUUUAAAUAUCAGCAACAGCCUGAGGCAAAGUCCCUUGUCGUAUAGUCACUAUGACCAACCUGCAUAUCUCAUCAUGGACCUUAUACAAGUCUCACAGCAUGAACUCCUAUGUGUGUGGAGUCAGUUAUGGCUGUGCUGUUGUCUCUUGUCACCUGAACUGUUAACUUAAUUUCAAUAUUUGCCUGGGCAGAGUAAAAACUUAAUUUUUAUUAUUAUUAUUUUUUUGCUUUGGUAUAUCAGUUUGUUGUGAUUAUCAAAACUUCAUGGUGUUUUAAUCGAAAUAAAUCUGUAUGAAGUAA